CCAGUUGAAACAUACACCUUGUCGGCCACACUACAAACAGCUUUGAUCGGCCCAUCAACCAUAGACUUUGACAUCACGGGCAGAGUGCUGGUAUCAUCUGGUGUGAACAGAAGGGCGCUUCCAGAUCGAUCCAGGACCAAUAAACAAGGAAAACAUGGGCGUAGAUAUCCAAACAUAUCGCUGCAGAAUCGGAUCAUUCUGUAUCAAGAUUAGUUCCAGAAGCUCUGUCGGCCGGACGGGGUGCAAACUUAAGGAGGCAAAUGGUAGCAAUGUUAAACCACUACUCAUGGUCGUGCUUGUAUUAAUUACGUUUCGAAAUGACAUGUUUGACUUGACGAGUGGUCUAACGAACACUUUUUCGAAGGAUGUUGCAUCAUUCAGAGAAUCUGUCAAAGAGUUGCUGUCAAACAAUUCUGCUAUUCAACAUUGCAACAAUCAAGAAUAUGGUCAUGUAAUGCCUCAGAGUUUUCUGAAACCUACAUAUGUAAACAGGAGCUUGUUUGAUACAGCGACUUACCGACAUUUCUUGUCGGACACUCAUAAUGAAGACAACGCUACAAUUUCAAACAAAAGUUUUCAUACUUUUCGCGCUACAGAGGAGAAUACGUUUUUGUAUGAAUGUAUCAAUCGGACGCCAUUUAGCAUCAUACAAAAGCAUUUACUGAUGUCUGGUGUAGAACUUAAUCCUGGCCCUUUACCCUCUGUACCUAGAGGAGGAUGUUAUCUCGAAGGGAAGAGGAACAUAUCAAAUUCGUCAACGCCUGACUGCACUAGCGAUUCACAUAGUGGGAAAGCUAUAUCGUGUUUUGGUUCUGUUGAAGCCGAUAGUUUUUGGGGCACACAUAUUUUCAAAAUGGAUCUAAGUGAUGACUUACAAAACGGUUUGCGCAACAAGAAUACUAAGAGAGCAAAAUCCUUUGCUAUUAGUCGGAUACUCGAUGAAGUGUGCACAUUUGGCGAAUAUUGUCAAUUGGAAACUCCACCUCUAUUUUACCUUUGGAAAAGAAAUGCAUUUGUUGUGUUACCGUCAGCCUCAUGGUGGAAAGAUCUUGAAAUAACAUUUACUGUCGUUGAUGUGUAUCCAGCUGCUUUUCUCGCCUUCAGAAAUGAGUUUAGGCAAUCGUUCGUGUGUCGAGAUGGACAUAAGCUUUCGUUUUUAAAUAAACUCAUAUUACAUGGACAUGUCGCUUCAAUCAACUUCUAUGAUAUAACUGUGUCGAACCCGUUCGGCGGCUUUCAUGGCACAAGCGGCAAUCGUAACAGUAUGCAUAUUUUUCCAGACACAAAAGAGAAACAUAAUAAUCCUUUAAAUCAAUCUGCCGAUCAAGAUAAAUACCCAACACAAGUUUCAGAAGAUGAUAUAUUAAUUACCGAAGGGACACAGACAGAAUUAGUAAGAGACGAAAAUACAGAAAGUCUUAAUCCCAUGUCAUCUGAUGUGUUGUUCUAUCAUACAACAGCACAAAAUGACAUUCAUUGGGAGGGUCCACCCACAGUACAUACGGAUUCUGUCAAUAGUGUUCAAGAAAUCCGAAACUCCAGCAACCGUUUGGACCGAAUUGAAUUGAAUCAUUUAGCCAUAAAUGGUUAUCAAAAUGCUAGUGUUGGAAACAGCUCAAAUGACAGAAUGUUUUUAAACGGAAACUCUAGAAGUUUGACAACAGCAACUUAUUUACAAAAAAAAAUUCCGGGGGCAAGAUAUCCUAAUUACGAAAACGCGAUUUCAAGGAGGGAGACAUAUCGAGGCUGGCAAUUAGCUCAACCAAAUCCAGACACCCUUUGUUCCGCCGGUUUUUUCUUCACUGGUCAAAACUACGACCUCGUGCGGUGUUUCUGCUGUGGUAUAGGACUGAAAGACUUCACAGACACGGAUAACCCAAUGCUGGAACACGUGAAACACACUGCUAACUGUCCAUUUAUGAUUGACCACUUUGGAAGUCGCGAAGCCAUUGAACAGUAUAAGCAGAGGCACUUACGUCCAGAUCCAGAAGAAAUCAGACAAAGGCAGCGUCAGCUAUAUCAGCAACAACAAGGUCGCCCGAUAUCAAACUACAGAGCCAAGCACGAGCGGUUUCGGUCGCUGUCAGCUCGCUUAGAUACGUUCACAAACUGGCCUCAAUAUUUAUCACAGAGACCACAACAGCUGGCAGAAGCAGGGAUGUAUUACACAGGUGUUGAUGAUCAUUGUCGCUGCUUCGCGUGUGACGGCGGCUUAAGAAAAUGGGAACCAGGAGAUGAUCCAUGGAUAGAACACUGCAGAUGGUUUCCGGCCUGCCCAUAUGCACGCGAAGUAAAAGGGGACGAAUUUAUCGACCUUAUUCAAUUGUCUGCAGAUCAGGCAGCAGCAGAACACGCUUCAAAUCAGCAAGAGGAAGUGAAUGGGGCUAUGGCUGCAUUGACUGUGGACGACAGAAACGUUCAACGGAUCGUUAAUGCAAAUCAAACAAUACUUACGCGUGACAUGUGUUUUCCUUUUGAAGAUGUCAGAAAGGCUGUUCUUGAACUUGUACAGCAAGGAAACAGCGAUCCCAAUAUAGAUGAUAUUGUUUUGCGUCUUGAGAUAAUUAAGGAAAGGAAACACAUCGGUGAACAUUUUCACAUACAAGAAUCAAUAUCUCAACCAAAUACAAAUACAUUAUUAGAACAAAACCAACAUUUAAAAAACCUUCUACUUUGUCACAUGUGCCACAAAAACCAAGCGAAUGCAUUGUUUCUACCUUGCACCCAUCACAAGUACUGCUUGGACUGCACACAACACAGCGAUAUAUGUCCAGAUUGUUGCAGACCGAUAAAACAACGUAUUCGUACAUACAUGGGGUGAAACCAUAAACAAUACUUAUUAGACUGCACACGAACUACAAUAUGAUAGAUGUCUAGACAUCUGCAGACCGAUGAAAAACGGAAAAGUACGCGUGAAAAAAUAAAAGUCAAAUAUGGAAACAUAUUUCGCUUUGUUAAAUGUGUGCGUAUGAUUAAUUCAUUGAUUGUAGCUUGGCCUCAAACAGGUCAAAUAAUGAGUUAAUUACUUUACGGCGAUGUGUGAUUGUCAAUCCAUUUUUUCAGUGUAACGUUACAAGAAUACUAUUUACACUAUUUAACAGAACAACCAUUUCUUGAACAAAAAAAUUAAUCUACAUUAUAUGAGGAAAAUUGAAUACCACUUGUUUAGAGUUGUAUGCCCGAAGGAAUAUAUCAGUUUCCAAGCUUUAUAUUACAUUGAAUAGUUUAUUGAAUGAAGCGUAUAUUGUAAAUCGAAGUAAUACGUUAUUUGAAGUACUUUUUAUUUUUAAUGUUUAAAAAUUAAUGUGAUUUUGGAUACAGUUUUAUAAAGGUAGAUCAGUAAGAGUACAUUUUACCAACAGUGUAUUUAUACCAUCAUGUUAUUUUUAAUUAAUUCUCUAGGAAAAUCAAGCUAUAUUAAAUAUAGUUUUUUCUUUUCUAAAACAUGUUUACGUAUUGACAUUUUUAAACCGUGUAUUUCGGUUUGAUUCUGGAAGCAAUAGGCACAAUUGACACAAAGCCGAAAUAUUUAAUUUAAUAUGAAUACUUUGCAUUAUUUUGUGCAACUUAAUGUAUUUUAUAUGUAUAAUUGUAAGAACAUUAUUUUUGCCAUAUGCCAUUUAUUUAUUUGUUUUAAAUAAAUCUUUAACUUGGUAUUUGUCAUUAAUUACACAGUUUGACUGAUUUUGUUUAACGUGUACACAAGCUUCUUUUUUAUAUUGCUGUAAUGAUCGUCUAAAUUUAAUAGGAAUGCACUUAACCAACGUGUUAUUAUUCAAUAAACCUACUUUGUUUACACCAUGAACGAGAUCAAUGAUUUCUGUGAACGCAUAACAUUGAUUGGUUCUUUAGUCGAAUACGUUUUUUUAAAGUGUAUAUCUUUUUCAAAAAAAGUUUCUAAGACAGCCAUUUUUAAAUGGAAAGGUGAUCAUAUUCUUAUGAAAAAUAGAUUUUAUUUUAUGUUUUGAACGUCAUUGGGGUUUUAAUUGAUUUAAAUAUGUAUUUUCUACCAAAAUUAUCAUGUAUGUUGUUGUAGAGAUUUAAUAAUUUAAUUCUGUACACAUGAAUUUUUUUUAUUUAAAUGCUUACAUAAUUCAUUAUAAUGUUAGUUUGCAGGUUUACUUAAUUGCAGAAUUUAAAGCUGUUUAACAUUGAUCUUUUUGAUGUUAAAUACCAUUACAUACAUAUAUUUGAUGAAUGAAAGACAGCAGGACUAAAACUAAUGUUUGUUUUGGUAGAAUGGUAUGCAAAUAUAAGACAAAUGCGUACCAUAAUUAGAAAAAAAAACAGGUCAAUUUCUUUCAUUCACUGACUAUAUGUAAAUUUUAACGGAUAUUGGUAGGCAAUCGUUUCGUUAUUUACCAUGAGUUAAUAUAAAGAGCGACAGUUGCUUUGUUAUGUAUCUACAUGAACCAUUUUGAUGUUUGAAACAAUGUUCGUCGUUUUAAUAUUAUCACACAUAUUGCAUUCAGUGCUAAAGCACACUGGAACAUUUUUAUCAAAUGUUUUUUGUUAUAUUUUCUGUUUCCUCUUUACAAAUGUGUAAUAAAACAUUUUCGCAUAAUUUUUUCAACGAAAUAAUGCAAACAGUGCUGUCCAUAUGAAACAAAUGCGGAUUACUUGCACAUUAUAUCUCGAAUUUGUUUCAAGAUUUUAAUUUACAAGAAUGCUCAUUCAUUAACCGCAAUAUAAAAUUAUUUGGGGUCUACGCACUAAGAUUGUAAUUUUAUACGUUUUACGACGGAUACAUUUUGUUAAUCCAUACCGGAACUGCUACAUGUUUUUAUGUUAAUUUGAUGUACGGUUGCGUCUGGUUAGACCCUUUGAAGAACUAUUACUUCUGCAAUAGGGGUUAACUACUUGAUUUGCGAUGUCUGUUGAUAAUGAGGAGUUGCUGUUCUGUUAGUGGGUGGUCAACUAGGCGAAGUAGUUUCAACUCCUACUCCUGGGUCAUGCGAGUUUGUUUAGUGUUCAUCACACCGGGCAUGUUCGAUUUCCUCCGGGUACUCUGGUUUUGCCCAAAUCGCCACAACAAAUCAAAAUUACAAAAAAUGGUAUGCUCAUAGAGUACAUCAAUUCGCUGGCGGAUACUUGAGUACGGUUCGGUGGUGUUGUACGCACUAUGUCAAGGUGUAAGUUCGAAUCAAAUUAGACGAGGGUAUCAAACUUAUACUGUCUUAACGAUGUAAUAAAGCAAUCACAAUUUAUAGAUAAAUAAUUUGUAUACAAAUGGACUUUGGAUUGUUUUAAAGUAUUUAUAUCAUGUGGGAAUUAUCGUAAAUAUACCCCUUUAACAAUUGUCAAAUGCGUUUACAAUACAUAACGUAUAUUGACAAGCUAUUUAUAAUGCAUUUGUGAAACUGAUGUUUCGAUUGUAACACAGUUUGUUACUUGUAUAUUUCUACUCUUAUUUGAUCUUUACAAUUAUGUUAAAUUAUCUUCAGGCUGGUACAGUAGGGAUGUCGUUUAUGGCAUUUGUAUAUGUACCUUCGUCCAACUUGUAAUAUUUCGGUCAACAUUUGUAAUUUAUUUCCAUUAAGGUAAACUUGUAGACUGAAUUGCGCAAAUGUAAAGCGUUAUUCACUACGUAUACUGUUUGCGACGAUAAUUCUUGCUAUAUGGUAACAUAAUCUUUUAACAAUGCUUUAAAAAUAUACCAAAGUUUUACAAUAAUACAUACUUGCAUAAAGUAAAAACACUCUUAAACUUCGUUUUUGUUAAAUACUAAUUUUCAAAAUAAGUGUGCAUGUAAUGUUAAGCUCGUUUAUAAAAACGUGUUUACAAUAGCACAGGACAAAGAAAAUGAUACCAAUUAUAAGGUCUUGAACGAGUGUGUUGUCGGCGAGAAUGUAUAUCGUUUAAUCUAUGACACGUUGAACGCUUCCUUGGAAGUGAUUCACGUUUGAUACUUUUGUAAGCUUUUUGUGGUUAUUUUGUUUGUGCUAUUUUUUAGAAACAUCCUUUGUGUGAUUAGUCGUAAACCUAGUUGUAAAUUUAAUCUCUCCUGCUCGACAUAAAACCUACGAAUAUUGUAUUUAUGUUAAGGUUCUGUUUUCAAUUAAUCAUGGACGGACGGAAGAAGCAGCAUGUGAUUAUUGUUUUUAAUUUGAGUGCUUAAUUCUCGACUGCGUUAAUUUCCCAUUUCCACGAUUUUUGAUAAGUGUUAAUGAUCAUUGCCCUAAAAUCAAGUAAUUUCAGUUAUGUCAAAUUUUACAAUUAAUUAAAAAAAUACAUUAAUUAUGUUGCUUGUAUAAAAAUUAACGAACACGCUGUUUUUGCUUUACAGUAAAAUUCUUUUUUUUUCUUACAUCUAUCAAUAAAUUAUAUCUUUGUUGUUAUAUAAAAUUAGUCAUAGCAUAUACUUACUCUGCUGCUGUGAUCUUAACAAUUUAAUGUUGACAUUAUAUCAUCACGUACUCCAGUCCAUUUUACAAUAUAAUCAAAACAUAUACAGGAUUGUAUAAUAUAUAUAAUAUCUCAAGUACGAAAUGUCCAUAUAUAUUUAACCGUUAAUUGGAAAAUCACUCUACUUCGUAAAAAUCGACCGAUUGUUCAGGGGAGAUUCAAAUGAUAAUAUUAUUUAUUAUUGACUAUAGACUAUAGAAGACUGUAAUAAACUUAAUUGAAAAACAAAUACAGUUAUAUCAUGUGUAAAAGUGUUUGCUUUAGUGUACAUUGUAGUGUUGUUCUAUUAUGUUAUCAUGUAAUUGUAUUAUCACCAUGUUAUUUGAAUAUAUAUUUAGUUUUUCUCGGCAGCAUAUUGAUGAAUCAACAUGAAUGUUCCAGCGCAGAUAAAAGAACAUGGACGAAGGUGUUUUUUUCGAGGAUGAACACAAACUAAGGGUUGAUCACAGUAGAAUCUCAGCAACAAAGUAAAGCUGCAGACGAUUGAUGUCAAAUGAAAUAAUGCUUUAAACUAAUAUGCAUUCAUAUUUAACGAACUUUGUUUUGAGUGUAUGUGUAUGUUUUCGUCGCUUCAAAUCUUUCAUUUGUAUUGAAAAUCAAAUAAAAAUACAAUAACACUA